AUGUCAAGAGCAAGUGCGAAUCCUCAGUACGAACUGAUAGCCACCAUUUUAUUUGGCAACAAGAUUACGUGUGCCACCUUUGGAUAUACUGUUGUCGGGAAAGGGACAGCACCGAAACUUUGGGGGAAGGUCUCGCGCGAAGCCGACGCUUACGGGGUUCCCGUCUUUCUUGAGAACAUCUUGUGGAACGCUGAGCUCCAUCGAGCUCUCAUCAUUGAUUUUCAUCUGCGCACCUUGGAUCGUCCACCGCUGGACAGACGGCCAGGUGCACUCAAACGAUUACGGUGUGGUCGUGAAGAACGUCAUUCCAAUAUGGAGCCCAUCUCGCCCGAGGCGCAGCGCUACGAGAACGCCUUCUAUUCUGCUAUGAACUGGCGGUGUCUGUUUAGAACGAAGGAUGGCCUCAUUGGGAUGGGGCCUAUGGAAAGCCUGGGAGAUACGCUGGAAGAGUUGGAAGCGCGCCUCUCCGAGUGGAAGACUGGUGCUAAGAAACAACAUCGACUCUCUGGCGUCGAUACUGAGAGGGAAAUUGCAUCUUUGAAACAGAAAAUCGCUGAGCUUCAUGCCCAAGUCGGCAGGAAAGAUGCAUGGGUGUUGAUCGGGGAGGCGUAUGUUGAGGGCGUUAUGCGAGGGGAGGCUUUGGACAGGGCAGGAGUUGAUUCUUUUGAGAGAAUUGCUAUUGUAUGA